GAAGCAUAUGAGGCUGGGGUGCAGCACUACGAUGCAGAUGAGUACCUGCAGGCUGUGGCCAGGCUGGAGGAGUCACUCACAGAGGCGCUGUCAGCACUGGAAGAGUGUCGUGCCCUGUGUGAAGGGCCUUGGGAGGAUGAGGAGGAGGAGGAAGAGAUGCAACCUGGCCUGUACGAAGCCAUUGCAGCCCAUUAUAUUCAGGUUUUGAAGUGCAGACAGCAGUGCGUCCUUGAAAUCGCCACAAAGCCAGGGCGGAUUUCUGCCACAGAAGAUUUCAUACCUUCUCAUCUUGAUUUACUGCAGUUUGCCUACGAUCAAGUUGGGAACCAGGCGCUGGCUGCUGAAUGCGCUGCUUCCUACUUGCUCUUCUAUCCCAUGGAUGAGCUAAUGUUGGAGAAGAUGAACCAGUAUCGCACAGGACUGGGAGAGGACAGAGCUGUUACAGCCAGAGAGAGUAUUCAACAUUAUGUGCAGAGAUCUUUGAUGGAGAAGAAGUUGAUUUAUUAUGCAGUGGAGCAUUUAGGAGGAACUUUUAAUGACCCUGAUCUUUGGACUCCAGAUGAGCUGAUUCCUGAAAACCUAAAGGAGAAAUACAGAGAGGAUCAGGAGAAGCAAAAGCAGGAAACUCUGGAUGUGGAAGAGAGGGAUAAGAGGGGGCCUUUGCCUUUUGAGGGUAUUGCUGUCACGAUGGAUUCCCACCAGAUGAAUGGAACUCAGCGGGUUGUGUUUGACAGAGUGCUGACGGAGUCUGAGUGUAAGGACCUUCUCCGGCUGACAAAGGCCGCGGGAGAAGCAGGAGAUGGCUACCGGGCAAGACGGUCACCUCAUACCCCACAUGAGAGAUUUGAAGGGCUGACUGUUCUGAAGGCCAUGCAACUGGCCCAGAAUGGGGACGUGGACUGGAGAGAUGCCAAAUUGCUUCUGCAGGCCAGUGAGAAAUCACGGAAAAUCAUAGAAUCCUAUUUUACUCCUGGAAAGAAACUGCAUUUCUCCUUCACGCACCUUGUGUGCCGCACAGCCAUGGAUGAGGAACAGGAAGGUCGCAUGGAUCUUAGUCAUCCUGUCCAUGCUGAUAAUUGUCUCUUGGAUCCUGAGGGGCAAGAGUGCUGGAAAGAACCACCUGCCUAUGUGUACAGGGACUACAGUGGCAUUCUCUACCUCAAUGAUGACUUCCAAGGUGGAGGCCUUUUCUUCACUGAAAUGGACACUGUGACUGUCACAGCCGAGGUGCAUCCGAAGUGUGGGCGGCUGGUAGCCUUCAGCUCUGGCAAGGAGAACCCCCAUGGCGUGCGGGCAGUGAGCCGUGGAAGGCGCUGUGCCAUUGCUCUCUGGUACACACACUCCCAGGAGCAUGCUGAGCAGGAACGGCUGAAGGCGGAGGAGCUGAUAGAGCAGAGGGCUGUGGAGCAGGACCAGACUGAUGGGGAAGAACAUCAAGGAGCUGAUGGCAGUGGUAGAUCAUCCUCAGAGCCUCCUGUUCCCAGCAGUGAAACCAGGUAUACAAGCCAGAGACACAAGCCUGGCUUGGACAGGACACAGCACCCCAAGGAGCUGCGGGCCAGAGAUGAGUUCUGAGUAUUAGGGGCCCCAGGGGCAAGACUGGCACACACCAUGGCCUGCCAGGUCAUGGUAGCACCAGGACCACAGAGGCCUGGAGCAGUGUAUUAGCAUGCUAGAGCCGUAGUGAUGGGGAGGGAUGUAG